AUGUCGACGCCCGACAUUCUUCUCUUUGGGGACCAAACAGAAACCAAUUUUAAAGUCCAAGAGCUGUUUAAUUACGCCCAGAGCUCGACACAUCUGCAAUCAUUCAUUGAGGGUGCGCUGAAAUCCGUACACCAGGCGUUUGACAACGCAGACAUCGCGGAUCGUCAGAAAUAUGCCUUCAUUUCCUUUCUCUCUCUAGAAGAACGGAUCUUGGCCGAAAAGGUUCCCGAUGUCGUUCUUCGUACAGUUCUUCUCUGCUUCGCCCAGUUGGGCCACUUGAUUUUGCGUUUAGAAACAGAUGCACAAGUCUAUGAACUCUGGAAAUCGCAGAAAUUCACUAUCGUGGCCUCUUGCGCUGGCCAGAUCCCCGCGGCACUUGCAGCUACCACGGAGUCCCUGGACGACCUCGUCGAAGCAGCGCCAGAAAUCGUGGCCACUGCGGUCCGCGCUGGCCUAGAUGUUGACCAGCGAACAAAUGACUUCAAUGACGAUCGCUCCAAGAGCUGGGCCACAGCUGUGGGCGUACCACUGGCACAGGCUCAGCAAAUCGCUUCGACGUUCAAUGAGAACAAGGGUCUCAUUCCAUCCAAAGGGCUCUAUUGUGGCGCCACAUCGGCAUGGGCAACAACAAUAAUCGGCCCCCCAAGACUGCAGGAGGAGCUUUUCUCAUCUAAGCCUUUUGGUGAUGCACGUGUGACACCUCUUCCUAUAAAUGCCACUUUCCAUGCUCUGAGUGCAGACAGACCGAACGUUGAGUCAAUAAUAGGAAAUGCGCCCAAAUUGGAGAGGCUGAAGCUGGAAAACGCCCGGUUCUUGUCAUGCGAGGACGGUGCCAUUUUUCUACCACAGAAUGGCAGGGAAUUAGUCUCCCAGGCUCUUCUCAAUAUACUGAACAGAAUAACCGACAACGAGAAAGUCUUCGAGCAGGUCCGAAUUCACACUGGAGGCAAGGAGGCCCGCAUUGUUCCAGUUGUCGCGGACAAGGUAGCAGCUCGGUUAAUCAAAGUCCUUGGGGAAGACAAGGCCCAUGUGAAAGGCAACUAG